GCUAUUAGCUCAACUGUGUACUUCCUUGGGUCAGUAACAUCGUUUCACUGUAAUAUUGUCUAAAUUCCGUCUUUAUUGGUGAUGAGCAGUGUCUUACUCUCCCUAACCUUCACUUCUGAGGAUAUUAAUUCACGGAAACACUGUCUGGAUCUGGAUCUGGCUGGACAAGGUGGAAGGAAACUGAUGUUGUAUCCUUGUGAUUUUUCUCAAUUUCUAACAGUAUCCUAAACAUUGAUUAAGAAGUAUUAACAUGGUGUGUCUGGUAUAAAGUAUUGGUCACAUUAGUUAACUCCAGUUCUAAGCUAAAGCUGUCUCAGUUGUCCACGUCCAUGAUAACAGUCACAGUACAUUGAUUUCAACAUGGAGGACUUGGACUGGAUAAUCCAGGAAAAUCCAAAACCUCAUUCUUGAGUUCUUCAGUGCAUUUCUUCUGCCUCUCUACACCUGCAACAGCAUGCAACUGUUGAUUUAGAAAUGCACAAUCUUCAUGUAAGCGCACCAGAGGGCUGCUAACUUAUAAUAAAAGUGUUGGUAUUACUUCUUUCUGGUCUCUGCUUGAUCCAGUGGUUAAUCCAAUAAAAUUCAGCUGCACUUGUUUAACUGCUCUGUUUUUAAAUCUGAUGUUUCUCCUACACAGGUGUAUUUAGUCAUCGUUUUCUCCUGUCUCUCCGUUCCAGAACAUGACGAUCUCCGCUGUCAAACCAUUCUGAACAUUUUUGUCUCUGCUCAAAGUACAUUUGUACCUCCCCCUUGCCCCUCCCUACCGACGUUUUAGCCUCCUUCACUCUUCCAUCAUGUCUCACAACUACCCACACAGACAGCUGCCAUCUGACCCCAACCUGCGGCCUGAUAUGGGAAGUUACAAACCAGCUGACCACAGCCAUGACUCACCUGCCCACGAUGAUUUUUACAGACCUGCACAGGAGCCACCGCCUUCAUUUGCUUCAUCGUAUGCCUCAUCAUCCUCUACUGGAAGUUCUCAGGCAUCUCACUGGACGAUGGAUGGCGCUCUGAACAUCUUGAACAGUUGUGGGCUGGAGCCCAGUGAUUUGUCUGUGCUUGCUGAGCUUCCUGAAAACGUCCUGACUGUAGAGUCACUUCCUCAUGUCCUCAAACAGAUCAAAAGGAAGAGAGGGACUGUGAAGCCUUACCCUUCGCCUGCCCCGUUGUCCUCCUCUUCCUCUUUUCCCCAUAGCUCCAUUCACCAACACGCUGUCAGAGAAGACGUGCAUCCUCUCAGUAGCACGCCUUUCCAGUACUCCUCUCUGGACCCAGUUUCACGCAGCCCUCUUUCUUCAGAUCAAGUUCAGGACUGGCAGGACCACUGGCGAAAUACAAGAACUGUCACCACCAGCCCCUUCUUACCCUCUACCUCCAGACCUGACCCACCACCCUCUUCUUCUAGCUUGGUGGUGGACUAUGGCCAUAAACCUGCCACUUCAGAGUAUAGUGCGACCAGUGUAGCUAUGGUUCCAGCUCCGCAGUGUCCAACCAGCAGUGUCAAACCAGCUCUGCCCUCGCUCUUCUCUCAGCUUGGUCCAACAGACUACAGACCUGCAGUUCCAUCUGAUGCCUACAAUCCAAAAAACCAGGCAGAUUUCCGCCCACCCGGCCCUGAAGCCUCUACCAUUGGCAAGACAACAAAAAGCCGCUGGGACAUCGAAUCCACCUCUGUCUCAACCGGUGCCAUGCCCUCCAUGAAAGAAGCACAAGACUUCCAUGGGACAACUCCAAUGGCGUUUCCAUACUCGUGCUCUCUGUGUGAUAUCACUGUGCUGUCUGAGAGGGUUUGGAAUAAACAUGUCAACGGAACAGGUCAUGCAGACGGACAGCUUAACCUGCUGCAAAAGUUUCCUAAGUGGGACUGUCGCAUGGAGAAUAUUAGCAGGGCUGACAAUCAUUCAGAGAAGAGGAAGGAUGAAGGAAAAUUUGCCAGUCAGGACAGCGAGCAACAACCCAAAAGGCAGACUCAAGUUAAGACGAUCGAUAAAGGGAAUGUGGUGUGUGUGAACUUUCCUAUUCGGUCUGUGGGUGAGCCAUACCUGAGGAAACUCACUGAACCAUUUGGAAAGAUCGAGAAGAUCACCAUGUUUCCAUCUUUAGGCUUUGUAGAGCUGGGCUCUGCUGACCAGGCAAACGACUUGGUGAAGUAUUACAGCAGCUGUCCUCAGACUGUGAAAGGACAGAAGAUUGAGUUCAAGAUCUCGACGACCUUCAACGUCCAGCAGAGUUCACAGGUGGUGAGUUUCUGGCCAGCUCCACCCGGAAAGAAUGGCCAAUCAGAUCUGCUCAGCAUCUGCAGACGCUUUGGCCUGCCGAUCUACUCUCUAUUCCUGCCAUCAGUGGCAUUUGUUGAAAUGAAAAACAUCUCAGAGGCUCAGAAGCUGGUGGAUUAUUACUCAUCCAAUGAAUUGAGAAUAGACAACAUCGUCAUCAGAGUUUCCUUCUCGACAGAAUACAAAACCUUCUUGGGUAAUUCUGCAGCCAAAAGGUGUGAAGACGAAACCUCUUCCUCCACAAAGAGACCAAGGAGUUCCAGCAGAGACAGAGAUGAGAAGUUAUCCAUAAAGAGGAGACAGAGGAGUAAAGACCGAGAGGAGGACAGGAGGUUCAGGAGGAGCAGGUCUAGAGAAAAAUCCAGCAGGGAUGAGAAAAAGAGGAGCAGGUCUCGAGAAAAAUCCAGCAGGGAUGAGAAAAAGAGGAGCAGAUCUCGAGAAAAAUCCAGCAGGGAUGAGAAAAAGAGGAGCAGAUCUCGAGAAAAAUCCAGCAAGGAUGAGAAAAAGAAGAGCACGUCUGAAGAAAAAUCCAGCAAAGAUGAAAUAAAGAAGAGCAUGUCUGAAGAAAAAUCCAGCAAAGAUGAAAAAAAGAAGAGCACGUCUGAAGAAAAAUCCAGCAAAGAUGAAAUAAAGAAGAGCACGUCUGAAGAAAAAUCCAGCAAAGAUGAAAUAAAGAAGAGCAUGUCUGAAGAAAAAUCCAGCAAAGAUGAAAAAAAGAAGAGCUCGUCUGAAGAAAAAUCCAGCAAAAAUGAAGAAAAGAAGAGCGCAUCUGAAGAAAAAUCUAUUCACAAGGAGAAGCAGCACAUUUCUGAAGAUAAUUCCAUCAAGAAGACCAGUUCUGAAGACAAAUCUAAAAAGGGAAAUGGAAGCAUAUCUGUAGAAAAGACGGUGGCAGCAGAGACAAAGACAAAAAAUGAAACUAAAGCUCCACCUCCCAGAGACUCCAAACCUGAAGCCGUUGAGAAAGAGCUCACUGAGGAAGGAGCAAUGUCGUCUGAAGAGGAUAGCGACAUCGAGGGAAUGGAGGUGAUCGGAGAAGACCUGAUGGAGGUUUCGGAUGAAGAGGAAGAUGCUGAGGAAGUGAACACUGACUCUGCAAAAGAAAAAAGGAGCAAGGUGAAGGAUGAGGAGGCCAGUGGUCAGCGGAAACAUGUAAAAGAAGAAGAGAAGGUGCAUGUGAUGAAGGUGCAUGAGAAGACAACAGAGACCAACAUUGGGGAAAGAGAUUUCCCAUUUGACCUGAACAACUGUAUCACUCUGGAUGAAGUGAACGAAGACGAGUCUGAGGACGAAGGUGUGGAAGUCAGAGAAGAAGAGAUGGAUUCCACCUCCAGAGUGGUUUAUAUCACAAGACUGCCAUUGUCCCCCUACACUGAUGCUGAGUUUAUCAAACUGGUGAAGGAUUAUGGGAAGGCAGAGCGCUACUAUGUAGCUCGUCACCGUAGGCUGGGUUUCAUCCAGAUGUCCAGUCCAUCUGAAGCUCUGAAAGCCAUUGAUGGGCUACGUAAUAGAUCUCCGAAAUUCCAUGGCUUUACUAUCCACGUCCACUUAUCCAAAAAGUAUAAAUGGCUCUCAUCAGGGUGGGAUAUUCUAUCAGAUGAGGAGAAGGAGAAAGAAGAAACAACACGUAGCAGCAGGAGGAGAAGCACUAGAUCCAACGAGAAGAAUGAUUUGGACAAGAGUAAAGAGACUUCCAGAAAGACUCAGACAGGGGAGACAUCAUCCAAAAAGACUGAAAAGAAAGAAGAUUCAGCAAAUAAAAAAUCUGCAGAGAAAGAGACGGCAUCCAAAAAGACUGAAAAGAAAGAAGAUUCUGACAAUAAAAAGUCUAUUGAGAAGGAGACAACAUCCAAAAAAACUGAAAAGAAAGAAGAUUCAACAAAUAAAAAGUCAGCAGAAAAGGAAACAACGUCCAAAAAAACUGAAAAGGAAGAAGAUUCAGCGAAUAUAAAGUCUGCAGAGAAAGAGAAGGCAUCCAAAAAGACUGAAAAGAAAGAAGAUUCAGCAAAUAAAAAAUCUGCAGAGAAAGAGACACCAUCCAAAAAAACUGAGAAGAAAGAUUCAGACAAUAAAAAGUCUGUAGAGAAAGAGACAACGCCCAAAAAGACUGAAAAGAAAGAUGAUUCAGACAUUAAAAAGUCUGCAGAGAAGGAGAUGGCAUCCAAAAAAAUGGAAAAUAAAGAAACUGAAAAUAAAAUGUGUGAAGAAAAGGACCACUCCAAAAAGACUACAGAGAAAGAAUCAACCUCCAAGAAGACUAAUGAAAAAGAAUCAGUGUCCAGAAAUCCUCCAGAGAAAGACACGACCAAUAAAAAGUCUACAGAAAAGGAGUUGUCCCAAAAGUCUCUUGAUGAGGAGUCAGCAUCUAGAAAACCUCCUACAGAGUUAAUUUCUAGAAAGUCUCCAGAAAAAGCAUUGGUGUCUGAGAAAGAAUCAGUGUCUGAAAAGUCUACUGAAAAACAGUCUAAGUCCAAAAAUCCUCAAGAAGAAAAACCAGCCAAUCGAACAUGUGGAGAACAGGAGACAGUAUCUGAAAAGCCUCUAGAAGAACCAGCAUCUACAGAACUUCCAACAAAAGAAUCUAUGUCUAAAAAGUCUCCUGAAGAAGACUCAUUGGCUAAUGUUUCAUCAGAAGACUCAGGGUCCAAAACCAAUCCAGAUUUGUCUACCAAAACCACAUCUGACAAAACAUCUGAAUGUCUAGAGAGUAAGUUGUCUAGUGAAGUAUCAUCAGAAAACAAGUCCAAACAGACUGAACAGGACUCAGCUAUCGUAAACACCCCAGAGCAGCCUACUUCAGAACAGGCUCCAGAAGUAGACGAAAGACCAUCUAAUACCUGUCAGAAGAAGAAAACUAGAGGAACAAAGAGGAAAACGACUCAAUGCAAGAAGAAGGCUGUGGUUCCUGAGAAAAAGACAAAGAUCGAGUCUGUAGAUGGAACGGAUGCGAUGGAGACAGAGCUGGUGGUAAAAGAAGAGCCAGAGGAUCCACAGACAGAUGAAGAUCAAAAACCACCAGACUGUUCAGAGGUGGAGGGUUCUACACCGAUUGCACUACCAGGAGAUCUACAAACUGAACAGGAAACUGCUGAACCAGCAGAGGUCGCUGCAGAAGAACGGAAACCCUCCAAACCUGUUGGUACAGAGUUUGUUCGUCCAGUUGUCGGGUAUUUCUGUAAACUCUGUCAGGUGAUCUACGCCGACGAAGACGAAGCCAAACUUCAGCACUGCAGCAGUCUGGAGCACUACAACAAAUACCAGGAGCAAACGGGGAAGGAUCCAUGGACGAGCUGAGAGGAUGAACCAACCUGAGGGAUGCAACUGUAGGACUACAUUACCCAGAGUUCCAGAGGACGACCAUCUCCGUUGGACAGAAACUCUUUGGAAUAGUCUGAGGUGCGUUGGAUCGACUCUACACCACGUUUAGAAAAUAACCCAACGAAGACAAAAUCUACAAGUUUUCUAAAGUGUUUAUUAAGAAAAUGUCCAAAGGAUCAGAAACAUAAAUCAUGCAGCUUAGUUCUUAUUUCUUCUGUCAGUUGAUGUUCACGGAGCUGUUUGUUGUGUAAAACCUGCAGGACUCAAACAGGACUAACUGAUUCUAUAAAACCGUUUAUCUGCAGUCGCACAAA